ACAAGCUAUGGCGAACACUAUGUCUACUGCCACGAGCCUAACGAGCAACACUACCAGCUCAAGCUGUAUAGAGGAACUCCUAUAUAACUCGUACCUGCGGGAUGCAUAUGUAGCUGUAAUUGCGAUCGGUCUGAUGUUCGUCCUGCCCUGGUUUGAGAAGCGGAGGAAUACUAGCCAGACCGGAUGUUUUGGAGGAAGACCGGGUUGCCUUAUACCUGUGAAUUUGUUAGACGGAGACCGGGAUAGACUUUCGUAUGCUGCAGCGUUCGGCUGUACGUCCUCCUCCAUCUUUAAUCUCCUCGCGACAAGCAUCCGUUCACAGAUAAGCACCACUUCCGAGCAGUUGUCAGCUCUGGUAUUCUACUUAUGGAUCAUGGCGAGUGCUGUUGUGAUUGGAAUCACCUAUUACCCUUUGUUUGUUUGCUUGGCGCCCAGAUUCAGAUUCGUACACUCUACCAUCGGACUCGGCUAUGCAAUCGUAUGUCUUGUUAAAUCUUUACUGCCUAUGAAAGAUUAUAUCGAAUGCUUGCCGACCUCAGAAUGGAUCGUGACGAUGACAUUAAUAAUGCUGGCCAUACCACAGUCGUUGUGCCUUUUCUAUCUCGCUCUUCGGUUCCUCUGUAUGUUGGCGACUGAUGUAAAGACCACUAUCCGGGCGUGUAGACAGCGAGACUAUGGAUUAAUACAUGGAGAACAGGUCCCCACCUGUACAAACAAAAGUGACCGCUUAGCCAACUCAAAACAGAUUCAGCAUGUCAGAGAGCUAUUCAUGAGAACAGACGAACCAACAACAUCAGGGUAA